AUGAGUGAAACAGGCACUAAGAAGACUCUUCCCUCAGAAAAAAGAAAGGAAAAAUUUCACAGUCUUUUUAAGUCUAUCCCGAAAAAUGAAGAGUUAAAGCACUCAUGUCCUUCACUUCUUAAGAAUAAUUCAAAAUAUUUUCAAGGCCGUCUUUAUAUAAGCACAGAGCACUUGUCAUUCUAUUCUAAAAAUAUUUUUGGAAACACAACAAUAAUCCUGAAGUUAAAGACAAUUCUUGGGGUAGAGCUUAAAAAAUCACUUUUUUUAACGGGUUCAUUAGAAAUAACGACUUACGACAAAACAUACAGUUUCAAGUCAUUAUUUUACAAGGAAGAGCUGUAUCCAAUAAUACUCCAUCAGUGGCAGCGAGUUAUUGGUGUGCUUGGGCCCAAAAACAGCACAAAUUAUGGGUACAACAGCAUUUUUAAAAUAAACAUACCGAGACCGCAUGAAGUGGUUGAAGAAAGCAGUGUUUCUAAGGAGGAAAGAGUAUUUGAUAUAAAUAUGCGCAUGUUGCUUAGAAGGAUGGUUAAUACUGGAAUAACCAGAAAAUUCUACUCUACGCUGACUAAUGAUACUAUAUUCAUCAACACGUAUAUUAAUAGAAGAACAAUUCAAUUUUAUAAUGAAUAUAUUGAUGAAAUAUAUUCUGUGACUGGGAACACGUUAGAUAUAGAGUAUCAUUCAAAAGGGACACUUUGUAGGAUAAGGAUUACCCCAGAGAAUAAACACCAAGUGAGAGUAAGAAUAGUUGAGAAGUAUAACUAUACUACAAUUCAUUAUUAUAAAUACAUAGAAUUAUUGUGCAAUGACCAGAAGAGUUAUAUAACUGACAGAUUACUUAUUGGCACUGUAUUUACUGGUAUAUUUUUUAGACUUAUUAAGGCACUCUGUCAGUUAAUUAGAUUAAUUAAAAAAUAAUAUAGAAAUACUUUUGUUAAUCAUAUAAAUAGCAUGAAAUACAUUGCAGGGGUCGUUAUUAUAAUUUUAUAUCCGGAAAUUAUAUUUUUGCAGUGAAUUAUUGUAUGAAUAUAAUAUUCACACUUUUUGUAUAUAUACACCGUUAACAAAUAUAUAUCAUACUUUGGGAUUAUUGAAUUUUUAAAUGUAUGGGGUACUAUCAGACUAAAUCCUAUAUUUUUCAUUUCCUAUGAGAAUUCUCAGAAUUUACUGUACGCAUACUAACCAUCUAUGAAACAGCCCCUAAAUAAACAGCAAAGUAUGCAGAAUAUAGCAUAAAAAGCUCUGUCAAAAAAUGUGUUAAUUCUGUUGGCAAACACAGUCAAUUCUGUAUAAGUUGUAGGAGCAUAUGUCACUCUCAAAUGUAUUUUUGUAGAAUAAGUUGGAUUCUCUGGUUUUUACGAUUGCCU